AUGGCAUUACCGCCUGAAAUCGUUUCUCAUAUUGUCUCGCAACUGCUGGAGCCUGUCUGCAUGCCAUACUGGUCGAAGGAACUCGAUGGCGACAAUGGCUGGGAGGGUUUCAAGCAGUGUGCGCCUUCAAGGAUAGUAAGCUUCGAGAAGAAGGGGCCCUAUUGGCUGUCGGGUUAUUCAGAAUACGAGAUGACCUUCUACAACGUGGACAUCAAUCUCAGAACGCUCUUGAAUCUCCGCCUAGUGUCCCAUGAGUGGAACAUGGCUUCCACUGCUAUUCUGCGGAAGCAUCACUGGUGGAGAGCGUCUUUGGAGGAUGAAGACAGAAGCCUAGAGAUGGCUAUCAACGCUACAUGUGCGGCGAAGACUCGAAGGCUCGUGGGAAGAGGAGCAGAUCAAGAAACUGGUCAACCAAACUACUACGACCGGCUCUUUGACCAGCAGGAUGCAGCAUUUCCUUUGGCCCCGGAGAAUAACGAGCUAACGCCACCUUAUUCAGCCCUGAGAAAUCUUUUUGAUAACAUCGAGGGCAUUGAGGCACUGCAACUUUCAUAUCCAACGGCGUUAGGGCUGCCAAUUCAGAGCCAACUCCUUACCGACCCAAAAGCUGAAGUAGAUUGCAUAGAUUUGCAAAUCAUGAAGAACAUAACCGCAACUCUUCAAUAUGGCUUUCUAUCACCUGCCUUGAGCAGUCUGACGGACCUUUCUCUCCACCUUCCCUGCACGCAUAAUGUCGGAGAAGUAGUUAGUUGCCUGCACCAGACGGCCCGGGACCGCCUCAAACAUUUCGACAUUGGCAUUACCGAUCAAACCGGUCAAUUUGGAGACAAGUUCACAGUGCGAGAUGAAGAGGACGAAGACGCCAUUCCUCAUGACCACAACGAGUUUCUUCAGAGCCCACUUCAAGAUCUCUACCCCAAUACAGAGCACCAAGGACCACUUUGGGAGUUCAUAGCCGCAUGCCCAAAUCUUGAGUCCCUUGCGGUGAAUGCCACCCACUUUCUGGACCUUGAUUAUUUGACGGAAAGAAACAUUCCAAUUUCCAAGCGUCUCAAGGUUCUAUGGCUUCAUCGGGUAUACGCCAGUGUUCCAUCUUUGAAAGCCCUGAUGGGUCGUAAUGGUGAGAAGCUUCCGAUUCAACGAGUAAGACUGGAUGAAGUCAAGAUUCAUGUCGAUGGCGGCUUUUGGUAUGACCUGUUUUCAUUUUUGAUGGAAGAUGGCCACAACCUUGAGUUCGCAAGCUUUGACCAACUGACAUACUUUCGGGGCCAUCCUAGCUAUUAUCCGCUCUCGAGGUCAUGGAAGAAUAACGACGACCUCUGGUCAAUGUCUAGGAGGGACAGAGAGUACAUCCAUAAGUUGCUUCUUAAAGUCACGUCCAAGUAUACCUUCCCUUAG